GCUAGUUUCAAUCUAGGACCUUGGUCAUCUGGAAUUUUCGUACGAUAACUUAGGAUCGGAAAUUCUGCGAUGGAGCAAACCUGUUAUUAUAAAAUUUUAGGUAUUGAGAAGACUGCUUCAGGCGAUGAGAUAAAGAAGGCGUAUCGCCGACUGGCACUUAAAUGGCAUCCAGACAAGAACCCAGACAAAAAGGAAGAAGCAGAAAAAUGCUUUAAACUCAUAAGUGAGGCAUAUGAAGUACUGUCGGAUCCCAAGAAGCGUGACAUAUAUGACAGACGCGGCAGGGGUCCUCAUGCUGGCGAGGCAUUCGUGUUUGAGGAUUCUGAUCCUUUCGCAAUGUUUACGCGGUUCCACUUCCGAGAUCCCAUGGAUAUAUUCAGAGAAGUUUUUGCUGGCUCUGGACUCGAUUCUUUCUUUGGCCCCAGUAUUCAUGACUUCCAUUACGGUCCUCAGUUGGGUCGAACUCACAGGUCCAACUCUCAUCGCAACGCUGGGCGACAAUCCGGAUCUCCUUAUCAUCAUGCCGGACGUUCUAGUCAAGUGCAGAGCUAUGAUCCUAUGCUCGCAAACCCUUUCAUGGGUGGACUCUUUGACUCUCCGUUUGGUGGGUCACUGUUUAGUCCUUUGAUGGCUUUUACCGAUUCUGGGUUUGGAAAUCCCCAGGGUUCUUCAUCAACCUCCAUCUUCAGUAGCUUCGGUGGAUCUUCAUGUGCGGGUGGUUUCAGGUCAGUUUCAACAUCGUCCAAGUACGUAAAUGGGAAAAUGGUUCGUGUGACAAAAGUGGUAGAGAAUGGUACUGAGACCAUUACGGAAGAAGUAGAUGGUCAAGUAACUAACCGAACUGUCCGUCAAUGUGGAAAUGGAGCCCUGCAAGCAAUGUGAUUUAUCUUCACACGAAAACAUACUUUGUUCGCAUAGUAAAACUAUAUUAAUUUUGUAUAAUCAGUUUCACAGUUAUUUGUUGAGGUUGAUAAAUUAAUAUUUAUGUUGUCUAAAUGACUGUUUUAAUCCGUCCAAUUUACUGUUACGUCUAUUGGAUACUUUGUUUUUCAACUGCACUUAAGACAUACCACAUUCGAACCCUCUUAUAAUACUUAUAUAAAAUAAAUUUAUCCUACUGAUUUUGUUGUUUAUUUUCACUUUUCAUUUCAAGGUAUAUUCGUGUGGAAUCGCUUAGUUGUGUCGUCGAGUUUCGGUUAGCUAAAAUCAUUACAAAUCAUUACUGCAGGAAUAAUCAGCAUCAAUACAUAGUGUGGUAACGAUAACCAGCUGGACAAAUUGAUCGUCCUAUCAAGUUUAUCAGCUUUGGUCGGUUAGUGACUACAGAAAUACUGCAAUUUUUGAUCAUCGUAAAAUUAAGCCACGUAUUGAGCGUGCACGUCACCCGAUUGUCUAUUAAAGAAGUUCAUACGGUGAUAUACUAUGUAUGACUUACAACGACAAUACAGCCGCUAAGAGCUAAACGCAUGUUUAUGCUGCAAAUAUUCGAUCAUAGUUGUCAUCGGAGCAUUUUUCAAAUAUAGUGGAACCUUCAAGUUAGUGAUGGAAGUUUCUGGCUCGAAACACUAAAUAAACUUAAAUCAUCUGCAGCGACUGUGACGUGUAUUACAAAUUCGUAGUGAUUUGUGGGCGACAGUGAUAGUGAUUGGUUGUUUGCUUAGUCAGACUUAUUGAUAGUCUGACAGGCAUUAGCAUGGGAUUUUCAAAAUCUGAUUUCCUGAAAUUAUUUAUAAACCACGUAUCUGAAGAAAUUAAAAGUGAAUUCUGGUUUAUGUCAGGUGUCAGCUUUCAAUAGCAUUUUGAAGGUGCAGUCAGCUGUUCAAUUCGAUUGACAUUUGACAUGGUUAUCAAACUAGACAUUCUGGUGUUCAUACGCUUACUAAGUACCACACAUUUUGGAAUACUGUUAUCAAAGUGAGCUGUUUACAUUUGUACGAUUACAAUUUUUCAUAUGUUGAACAAAACACAAGUGAUAUCAAUGUAGUGCAUGUCUUUUUUAUGAUUCUGUAGAAUAAACUGGCUACAAUUUC